UUCAUUCCACAGAUGUUUAUUGAGCACCUGCCAUGUGCCAGGCACUAAUCUAGAUGCUGGGGAUAUAUCUGUGAACAAAACCAACUGCCCUCAUGGAGUAAGAGAGUAGAGAGUGAUAAAGGGAGCUCUUAGAUGAGGUGGUCAGAGAAGCCUUCUUUGAAGAGGUGACUUUUGAGCAGAGACCUGAAUGUGGUGAAGGAACAAGCAAUGACAGAAAUCCUAGUGAAGACUAUUCUAGGUAGAAAGAAUGGCAUAUGCAAAGGCCCUGAGGCCUAUACCUGGUGGGUUUAAGCCAGGAGGCUAGUGUGGCUGCAGUGGAUGAAGGAGGAGGGAAAGUGAUAGAAGGCUGAGGUCAGAGAGGUAACUGGGACCAGAUCAUGUAGGACCUGGAAGGCCAUGGAAAGAACUUUGGAUUUCACUGGAUGAAACUGGCAUUGGAGAGUUUGAGACAGUAACUUUCUAUUUAUUUAGCAGCAUGCAGUGUACCACACUGUGCAGAGUGCUUUACAUCCUUUGGGUCUUCCCGAACUUACAGCUACCCCUUUGAAGUAGAACCUCUGAUAGAUGCAGUUCUCACUAAGAAGGAGAAUGAGCCUCAGGGGAAGGGACUUACCCAAAGUCAUAGUCAGUAAGCUCUGGGGCUAGGACUUCAGCAGAGCCUUAAGCUCAGCACCAUUUGCCUGCUGUAGAGAGUGUCCUGGAUUGGGAAUCAGAGUGUUGGUGUGGGCCCAGGCCCUGCCUUGCUAUUCUCCUGUGCUUAGAUGACGUACUGCCAGAAUGCGCCCUCUGGGUUCUUUCUCCAGGGCCCUGCAAUCUCUCCUCCCAACAUCAGUGACAACCCAUUGGGCCUUAUCCUGGACACCUCCCUCCCGCUUCCAACCCAGGACAGUUAGACACCAGUGCUGCACAUUGUGCCUCCUGAAUAUCUCCUACCCAUCAUCUCUCUACCCUCACAGCCUCCGUCCCAGGAUGGCAGCGAAGAGACAAACACCUCCGUUAUGCAGAAAACCCCCAUCAUCCUCUCAAAACCUCCAGCAGAGCGGUCAAAGCAGCCAGCACCUCCAGCAGCCCCUGCUGCCCCUCCUGCCCCAGCCCCUCUUGAGAAGCCUAUCGUCCUUAUGAAACCACGGGAGGAAGGGAAAGGGCCUGCAGCUGCAACAAAUGCCUCAUCCCCCGAGGGCACCACCCCACCACCCCCUGCAGCCCCUGUGCCAUCCAAGGGGGAGAAGGAGGGGCAGAGACCCACACAGCCUGUGUACCAGAUCCAGAACCGGGGCAUGGGCACUGCUGCGCCAGCAGUCAUGGACCCUGUCGUGGGCCAGGCCAAACUACUGCCCCCAGAGCGCAUGAAGCACAGCAUUAAGUUGGUGGAUGACCAGAUGAAUUGGUGCGACAGUGCCAUUGAGUACCUGUUGGAUCAGACCGAUGUGUUGGUGGUUGGUGUCCUGGGCCUCCAGGGGACAGGCAAGUCCAUGGUCAUGUCAUUGUUGUCAGCCAACACUCCUGAGGAGGACCAGAGGGCGUAUGUUUUCCGAGCCCAAAGCGCUGAGAUGAAGGAACGAGGGGGCAACCAGACCAGCGGCAUUGACUUCUUUAUUACCCAAGAGCGGAUUGUUUUCUUGGACACACAGCCCAUCCUGAGCCCCUCCAUCUUGGACCACCUCAUCAACAAUGACCGCAAGCUACCGCCAGAGUACAACCUUCCCCACACCUACGUUGAGAUGCAGUCGCUCCAGAUUGCUGCCUUCCUCUUCACUGUGUGCCAUGUGGUAAUUGUCGUCCAGGACUGGUUCACGGACCUCAGUCUGUACAGGUUCCUCCAGACAGCGGAGAUGGUGAAGCCCUCCACCCCAUCCCCCAGCCACGAGUCCAGCAGCUCAUCAGGCUCUGAUGAAGGCACUGAGUACUACCCCCACCUGGUAUUCCUACAGAACAAAGCUCGCCGAGAAGACUUCUGUCCUCGAAAGCUGCGGCAGAUGCACCUGAUGAUCGACCAGCUCAUGGCUCACUCCCACUUGCGUUACAAGGGUACUCUGUCCAUGUUACAGUGUAACGUCUUCCCUGGGCUCCCCCCUGACUUCCUGGACUCUGAGGUCAACUUGUUCCUGAUGCCCUUCAUGGACAGUGAGGCAGAGAGUGAAAACCCACCAAGAGCGGGACCCGGCUCCAGCCCACUCUUCUCCCUACUCCCGGGGUACCGUGGCCACCCCAGUUUCCAGUCCUUGGUGAGCAAGCUCCGGAGCCAAGUGAUGUCCAUGGCCCGGCCGCAGCUGUCACACACAAUCCUCACUGAGAAGAACUGGUUCCACUAUGCUGCUCGGAUCUGGGACGGGGUGAAGAAGUCCUCUGCCCUGGCAGAGUAUAGCCGUCUGCUGGCCUGAGACUGAGUGGAGGAGUGUCAUGCAGGGAAACCCCUUUUGUGUCCCCAGUGGAUGGCAAUGGAGCACACAUGUCCUCCCCCUGGUGAAGUGGAGAGUGGCAGGCAGCAGACCUGAUGGAUGAGGAACCAUCCGUGACUUCCUCACCCAGAGACAUGAGGUGUUCAGGCCAGGCCCCCCCACCCUCAGUGGAGCAUUGUUCAGGGGUGACUGAGAUCCUACCCUCAACCUGGGACAGGGCAGCCCAUCCUCAGUCUCCCACAGGGAUAAGUGGUGGGAGGAGUCUGAAUGGUUACCAAGAAGUGCAGGUUCCAUCUUGACCUUCCUCUGCAGGGACAGGACUCCCAGCCCUUUCCUGUAAGGUGAGGCCGAGCCUGGGGAGCUCUUUAUUGGAGCAGAUCUGGUGGUUCAAAUAAAAACAGUCGUGCAAGCCUA